AUGAGCUCUCUGCUCUCCUCUGACUGGCUCAGGGACAAUACAUCUGGGUUUCUCUCGACCUUCCUGCUGGGUCUGGGCCUGCUGAUGCUGAAGGGGGUCCAGUUGUACCUGCGCAGGCAGAGGCUGCUUCGAGAUUUCCAGAGUUUUCCAGGCCCUUCUUCCCACUGGCUCUAUGGGAACGUGUUGGAGUUCCCAGUGGAAGAGGAGCUAAAAUACACAGUUUCUUUGGUGGAGAAGUUCCCCUGUGCCUUUUCCCGGUGGUUCUCGGGCUUCAUGACUUUUCUUCAGGUCUACGACCCUGACUACAUGAAGGUGAUAUUGGCCAAGAAAGAUCCGAAGGCUCACGGCGUCUAUAGGUUUCUCAUCCCCUGGAUUGGGAAAGGGCUGCUGGUCCUUAAUGGGUCAGCCUGGUUCCAGCACCGGCGGCUGCUGACACCUGCCUUCCACAGUGACAUCCUGAAGCCUUAUGUGGGGCUGAUGGCUGACUCUGUCCGAGUGAUGCUGGAUAAAUGGGAGAAGCUUAGUGACCAGGGUUCGAGCCUGGAGAUCUUUGAGCAUGUCAGCCUAAUGACCUUGGACUCCCUCAUGAAGUGCACCUUCAGUCAUCAGAGUAACUGCCAGACAGAGAGGAAUUCCAAUUCCUACAUCCAAGCUGUUCGUGACCUAACCUACCUGCUGACUUCUCGAGUGCAGAAUGGCCUCCACCACAAUGAUACCAUCUACUGGCUCAGCUCUGCGGGACGCAGAACCCGCCAGGCUGCACGAAGGGCCCAUCAGUACACAGACCAGGUGAUUCAGAGGAGAAAACAACAACUCCAACAGAAAGGAGAACUGGAAUCCAUCUCCAAAAAGAGACAUUUGGAUUUCCUGGACAUCCUUCUCUGUGCCAGGACAGAGAGCGGGGCCAGCUUGUCAAAUGAGGAGCUGAGGGCUGAGGUGGACACGUUCAUGUUUGAGGGCCAUGACACCACUGCCAGUGGCAUUUCCUGGCUCCUGUAUAUAUUGGCCACACAUCCUGAACAUCAGCAGCGAUGUCGGGAGGAGAUCAGGGAAGUCCUGGGGGAUGGGCGCUCCAUCACCUGGGAUCACCUGGGCCAGCUUCCCUACACCACCAUGUGCAUCAAAGAAGCCCUCCGUCUCUAUCCUCCUGUGCCAUCUAUUUCUAGGAAUCUCAAAGAGACCAUCACCUUUCCAGAUGGACGCUGCUUAACUGCAGGAAACUCAGUUUCACUGCACAUAUAUGCUCUUCACCACAACCCCAAAGUGUGGUCAGAUCCAGAAGUGUUUGAUCCUCUCCGGUUCUCCCCUAAGAACCAGGCAUUCCAGCAUUCCCACGCCUUCCUGCCCUUCUCAGCAGGAUCCAGGAACUGCAUCGGACAGAAGUUUGCCAUGAAUGAAAUGAAGGUGGUUCUUGCUCUGACUCUGCUACUUUUUGAGCUGAAGCCAGAUACCAUGAAGCCUCCCCUGCCCAUUUCAGAGGUGGUUCUCAGGUCCCAGAAUGGGAUCCACCUCUGGCUGAAAAGACUCCAUUGA